UUCCAAAGUGCACUGUUAUGAAAACAGCCCAGGCUUCACGAGAUAACCAUAUUGAUACGAAGAGGAAAAAGGGGAACACAAGUUGGAUUUCCUGUUUCUGACUCUACUACCAGCACACGCUAAGUAUACAAAACAUAGACGCCUGAGCUUCACUAUGACUGCAGAAAUUUGGGAUGUUAUUGUUGUUGGCGCCGGACUGUCUGGACUGAGUGCAGCUCAUCUGCUCAAAAAAAGGAACGCGGCGUUGAGAGUAUUAAUACUGGAGGGAAAAGAUCGGGUGGGAGGUCGCACUCUGUCCACUGAAAUACCAGCAGCCAAUGGUGUGGAUCGCUGGGACUUUGGAGGGCAGUGGGUAGGAAGCACCCAAACGCACAUCUUGGAGCUGAUAAAGGAGCUGGGCUUAGAGACCUAUCAGCAGUUCAAUCUUGGCAGGAAGGUGCACCACAUGGGUGGCCCAGGUGCCAAAGUUCGCACCUACAGAAGCAGUAUCCCUGCUCUGUCCCCAGUGGUGCUAAUUGACCUCACCCAGCUCCUGUGGAAGAUUGACAGAUUAUGUGCCACAGUAUGUGUCCAGGAUCCUUGGAGGACUCCGGACGCCGUCGAGCUGGACAGUAUGACUCUGCACUCGUACAUUGAGCAACACGCUUGGACAGCAGAGUUAAAAGAGGAGAUGGGACUGUGCAGCAGGUCCGUCUUUGGCAUGGAGCCAUCCCAGAUGUCCUUCCUAUUCUUCCUCAUGUAUGCAGCAGCAGCUGGAGGGCUUCUGCCUCUGCUGGAGUGCACUCCAGGUUCAGCUCAGGAGUUCAAGAUAAAGGGAGGCACCCAACAGCUUUCGGAGUGUCUGGCAGACCGUAUCGGGUGGAAGAAUGUCCGGCUGGGUUCUGCUGUGACGGCCAUAUGGCAGGAUGCUGAGUGGGCCAGGGUGACGUCUACAACCAACACCUUCUUGUGCAGAGCCGUAAUUGUCACCUGCCCCCCUCAUUUGGCAGCGAAGAUCUGCUACCAGCCAGCCCUGCCCAGCCAGAGAGAAUUCCUUACACAGAACAUGCCUGUGGGCCACAUGAUAAAAUUCAUCAUCACCUACCAGACGGCUUUUUGGAAGGAGAAGGGCUUCUCUGGAGAAAUAGUGGCAGGAUCAUCCAUUGACUGUCCAUUCUGUGUUACUUUUGAUGCCACAAGCCCCAGUGGCAAUGCAGCCUUGGUUGGCUUCAUUGCCGGCCUGCAGGCCUCUCAGUGGACCUCCAAGGAGGGUGGAGAGAGAAGAAACGCUGUGGUUUCCAGUCUGGUCAAAUACCUCGGUCCAGAGGCCGCGUCUUUCAUCCACUAUGAAGAGAAGGACUGGGCUAAGGAGGACUAUAGCGGGGGCUGCCCCGUUAAUGUCAUGGUACCAGGCAUGCUGACAUAUUACCACCCUAGCCUGAGGAAGCCCUGUGGCAGGAUUCACUGGGCAGGCACGGAGACAGCCACCCAGUGGUGUGGGUACAUGAGUGGCGCGGUGCAAUCUGGUCAGCGAGCAGCUUUAGAAGUGCUCGCUGAACUCCGCCCAAUGGCCCUGACCCAGGAGGAGCAGGACGCUUUGCAGCAGAGGGAAAACGUCGGGGCCGAGCUGACUCAAUCACCCAAACUCACGUCUACAAGCAGGGCUAUGGUCAUAGCAACAGUGACGAUCGGUGCUGCUCUGUUGCUGGCGCGGCAUCAAAAUGCAUUGCUAAAGGUCAAAACUUACCUGACGAAUGUAUUCACAACAGCCCGGCAUAACAUAUUCCUAUUGUAAGAGGAAACUGUGAAAACAGUUUCAUAUUUCAGGUUUAGGGUUUUUGCUGGGGCUCCAGAGAACAAAUUACAUCCUCAUCUCUGAUAUUUUUCUUUUCUUUCCCUUUUCCUUUUCCUGGGCUUUGGACCACACACUGCAAAUGUAUAACAAGUUAGACUGAGCUAGAUGAAUUUUGAUAUCUGUAUCAUGAAAAUGAUAUGUGUAUUCUGGUAUUUAAUAUAAAACUUUUAUCAAAAAUAUGACUGUUUUAAUUUAGAACGUUGCUGUUGGUGUAUAUUUAUGAUGGCAUCAUUAUUUUAUGGUGUUUAUCGUAUGUACUGCAAAAACAAAUGUUGAUAAACAACAUUCUGUUUUCUGAUUUUUUAAAAACAGAGAUGGGACCAAUCUGUUCCAGUAUCAGCAUCAGGUUCCAAUCAUAGUUACAGUUCACAGUCUUCAGAAAAACAGAAAUGUGGUGACUCCUUGAACUGGGAUUUACCUUUAUUACACUGAACUCUUCAGCAAGGCAUUGAUCACAGUGAGGUUACGUGGGACCUACAGUUUGAGUGUAAGUGUGAUUGUGACUUGUUUCUCCUUCGUUUCCCUCCUAUAAUGCUUUUAAAAUACUAUGCUUUUUUGCAACUUAUUCAUUUUUGUCAUCGCAAUAUUGACAUUUCCAGGUAACUCAUUUCAGUCUUUAGCUCUGACAAUAAUCCAGUGACCUCCAAUCUUUCCUUGCAAUGCACUUAAUCUCUUUGUCCACAUUCUUAGGCUAACACAGUUUGACUUCCAGGUUUUUGACCAUGUAGUUUAUCAUUCAGUUUUAUAAUCUUUCAGACAAUUCAUUUCACAUUUCUGCAUCACAUCUUCAGCUCUUUAGUGACAUUAACACAUCUGAUUUUAAGCAUUUUCAGACCUAAAGCUCCAAAAUAAUUUCAUUAAUACACAUUUGUGAUUUUCUACAAUUUCUAUGUGAACAUUAAUAAUCAACUCAGUAAAUGUUGUUUUUGUAUGAUUCUGCUGAUUUUGUUUUGUGUGGCCAAGAUCUGUUCACUCUGACACUGACAGAUGGAGCAAACUGUUUAAAUGAAGAAGGUUUGUAGUGGCAGCACUGGGGUGUCAGGUGUGACUGUUUAUCAGGGGUCAGGUCUGAAGGGCAGUGCUGCUGUCAAGUAAGCAUGCAGCGUCACGUGGUGCGUGCUGGAGGACCAUCUGUUUUGGGGUGGAUGAAUUGUGCAGUGCUUAAAGGAAAUAGUAUUUAACUAUUGACAUAAAAACUGAAAAAAAAGAAAAACAAACAAAAAACCCUUAUAAAAAUAAACAAAAUAGUGGACAGAGACACUGUGACGUCACACACAGGAUUCCGAAGAGCCAGAAUGAGGCGUGUGAUUUCCCUGCCAUUUUUACACUUUAUGUUAAGCUAUUUCGACAGUGAAGUCCUCUGUUUUUUUAGAGUGCUACUAAUGCAGAUCUCAAGUCUGAACCUAUAUCUCUCUCAGUUUAUAUAUUAUUUAAAUAAGUACUUUGCUGCUGUAAAGAUGGCGCCUGCAUGAAACUGGACUGCUGCAGAAAGACAUUAUGUUUGGAUUUGGGAAAAAAGAUAACGGGAAAAAAAGGAGGUGUGGUAUUCUCUUUUGCGCGAAAGGUAGAAAACCUACGACAACCAGAGUGCACUGCACCGCAGCGCACCGGGGCACGCGCCCGCUGAUGGUGAUAUUUCCCCUUCUUUGGGAGGUGGGUGGUACUUGGUUCUUGCCAGCAUAAUGUUAAUAGUCAUUGAUCAAAAGAUUAGAAAAUAUUAUUUAUUCACAGUUAAUUCUGUUUUGUGUAGCCAAUCUUAACUUAUUCUCAGACCGACUGAUAGCAAACUUGUUUAAGGAGGAAGGGUUGUAGUGGACUGCGACACACAGCAGACCUUGCUUCAGACUCCAGGGAGGUCUGCUUAAUGAACGCUGACUGGAACCAUGGUUGAUGUUUAAAAAAAAGGCUUGUUCCACCCAAAUACUGCUUCCUGUACAAUGACUCGUAGAUAAUGUCAAAAUAUUCAACUCUUUGGGGGACAUUUAUGCUUCAAUGACACCUCACUACCUUUCUAAAACAGCAAGCUUUUAUCAUCAUUUCAUUUCACAUUUCUGCAUUUUCAGCUAUGCUUUCAGACUUUGUGAAUGUUGACAGCCGCACUAAGUGUAUUCGCAGGAUAAAAAGUGCGCUGGUUUAUUAAUGAAACAUGAUGUACUGAAUGACUUUUCAUAAAAAAAAGAAUCAUCUCCUCCCCAAAUCCUUUUUUGAAGUUUUCC